AUGCUUUCCAGUAUAAGAAAACAAAGUGUAAGAUUAGUCGGUCUAAGACCAGCCUUUGUCAGGUUGAAUCAAAUUAGAACAUUUCAAGAAAGAAGAGCAGGUCCACCACCAUUACCAAAGGAAGACCAGGAAGAGUUUGAAAGGCUGCAGAAGCUAGCGUCUUCUCAAGAAGCUAUUGAUUCUUAUAAUGCACAGUUUGAAUCGGAUCAUACUAUGGAAUCGGUGAAAUCGCCAAUCUUGAAGAACGAUAUUGGUGGGUUUUCUCCAGAAUUUAUGAAGACUAUACCAGAGUUCGAAGGCGAAAAGAAUCCUAAAACAGGAGAAAUUGGUGGACCAAAGCAGGAUCCAUUAAGGCAUGGUGAUUAUUCUUUCAACGGAAGAGUCACCGAUUUUUGA